GCGCGAUAUUUCGGAUAAAUGCUUUACUAACGUAGUGAGGUAUUUCCUGCUAUCUCGUGAAUUUCCAACGUCUUCGUUUGACAGAUUGUCGGUGUGUGUAUGCGUUCGUUCCACGUGAAUUCUUUGUUUAGGCACCGGUCAUGUUUCUGACAAGCAUUGAAAUUGCGAGGUGGUAGCAGUGCCCUAGUGCAUGGGUGGCCCUCCAUUGGGAAUGGCGGGGAAAGAUGGGAAGGUGGAGCCAAAAAGCGGGGACGUGGUGCGACAGGGGUUCAUGGUGAAGCGUUCGCAGAACAAGAAACGCUUCACACCAGUCAACUACAAGCAACGUUGGUUCGUGUUGACGAGGCGCUAUCUCGUCUACUACGACGGCGAUGGAGAGCGGCGCAAGGAACGAGGUAGAAUCGCGGUCGAGAGCGUCCACGUGGUUGAAACGGCUAGCCUCGGGAGCAACGCCGGCGGCGUCGGCGGCGUCGGCAGCGACGUGGCAGGCAGCGAGGCAGGAACAGGCGGCGGCGGGGGUGGAAUACCACCUGGGCUACCCUUCCAGGUGGGCUAUCGGGAAGCCGGCCAAGAGUACACGCUGUACCUUCUCGCAGCCCGCGAGCAGGACCGCGCCGAGUGGAUCCGUGCCAUCCGUGCUGUGUGCAGCGAGAAUCCUGGCCUAAGCGGUCGUUACCACGCCGGACUGUGGAGUGGAAAGCGUUGGUCCUGCUGUCGCUUGUCCACACGUUCCGCCGAGGGCUGCGACACUUGCAGCUCCUGGUCCUCUAAGCCGUUAAACGUAACGAACCCGUCCUCCACGUCCACUUCGAGCUUCACCUUGGCCACCGGAAGCACCAUCGCCACCACUGCCGCCAUAACCGAUCGACCACAGACGACCAACUCAGAGGCGAACAACAAUCCCAUCGUUCACUCGCAGGCUCGUUCAACUAUCGGGACCCCCUCGACUCCAAUAAUGCCAGGGGGCACACCUGGGACCCCAUCUUCUAAAACCAAGGACAAGAUAAUGAUGAGAACGAAGGUCGUGGUAGCUCUGUAUCCUUUUCGAGCGAUCGAGGGUGGCGAUUUGUCCCUCGAAAAGGGUGCAGAGUACGAGGUGCUGGACGACUCUCAGGAACAUUGGUGGAAAGUCAAAGAUGAGCACGGAUCUAUCGGUUACAUUCCUAGCAACUACGUGAAGGAAAAGGAACUCCUGGGUCUUCAGAAAUAUGAGUGGUACGUGGGUGAUAUGUCCAGACAACGCGCAGAAUCAUUGCUCAAACAGGAGGAUAAGGAAGGUUGCUUCGUCGUACGUAAUUCGUCUACCAAAGGGCUGUACACGCUUUCUCUCUACACUAAAGUCCCACAUCCUCACGUAAAGCACUACCACAUCAAACAAAACACUAGAGGAGAGUUUUAUCUAUCCGAAAAACAUUGCUGUGGCUCAAUACCAGACUUGGUUAACUAUCACAGGCACAAUAGCGGUGGACUAGCCAGCAGACUGAAAACCAGUCCCUGUGAUCGCCCUGUGCCACCAACUGCUGGCCUCAGUCAUGAUAAGUGGGAGAUUGAUCCAGCAGAAUUGCACUUGUUGGAAGAACUUGGCUCUGGACAAUUUGGCGUAGUGCGAAGAGGAAAAUGGCGCGGUUCUAUAGACGUUGCAGUAAAAAUGAUGAAGGAAGGCACGAUGUCUGAAGAUGAUUUUAUAGAGGAAGCUAAAGUGAUGACGAAACUUCAACAUCAGAAUUUGGUCCAACUAUAUGGCGUUUGCAGCAAGGACAGACCAAUAUACAUUGUCACUGAAUACAUGCGACAUGGAUCUCUGCUCAACUACCUCCGUCGUCAUGAAGCAACUCUAGGAGUAAAUGUUGGUCUCCUUUUAGACAUGUGCAUACAGGUUUGCAAAGGCAUGGCUUAUUUAGAAAGGCAUAACUACAUUCAUAGAGAUCUUGCUGCACGCAAUUGUUUAGUGGGCUCAGAAAAUGUGGUAAAGGUUGCAGACUUUGGAUUAGCAAGGUAUGUAUUGGAUGACCAGUAUACUAGUAGCGGAGGCACCAAAUUCCCAAUCAAAUGGGCGCCACCAGAAGUGCUGAACUACACUCGCUUCAGCUCAAAAUCAGACGUCUGGGCCUAUGGAGUGCUUAUGUGGGAAGUAUUCACAUGCGGAAAGAUGCCUUAUGGUCGCCUAAAAAACACUGAAGUUGUGGAAAGAGUGCAACGCGGAAUCAUAUUGGAAAGACCUAAAGCCUGCUUCAAAGAAGUCUACGAGGUAAUGCGAAAAUGCUGGGCCCAUUGCCCGGAAGUACGACCCUCCUUCCGCGUACUGAAGGAGCAGCUAAUCAGUGUGUCUCAAGGUCUGCUCAAUGAUUGACUCAACCUUCUACGGUGUAUGCGCCUUUCGUCGCCUUCGAGCCGGUCAAUACAGGCGGCAAAAUCUCCAUCGCUCGAGCGAUCGCCCUCAAUACUACCAUCGUCUAACUCUUCAUCGUCGUACAACUCAGCAACAUUACCGUCAUCACGUAAAACACGUGCACCCGCCACUCUACCACCCUCGGUUGAUUUUCUACAUCUGUCGUCAUCCACGUGUAAAUUAAAGAAAGAAGGGUCAUCCUCACCAAGUACACCCGGCCACCAACCUAGUCAACCAUCAUCAAGCUCGUCAAACGUCUGUGACAUUUGCAGUUCCUACGGACACCCGUGGAUUGAAAUUUGCAAGGCGAUACGAGCCACUAAAGGCAAAUAAAAGUUGUGUGUGUGUCCCGAAAGUAUGUGUGUCGAUUUCAACGAUUGUAUUAACGCAGCUUACAAAACAGCAGAAAAGAAACGAGAAAAGCGAACAAAAAAAAAGAAAGAAGAAGAAGAAACAA